AUGAACGACGAAGUCAGAGAUGGUGCCUUGCUCCAUUCUUACAGCAAUGAAGUACCACACCACCAGCACCAGGAGUCUGCCAUCGACGCCAUCCAAAUGACCGGCCAAGGUUCAACUCAGUCAGCUGGCAGCUGGGAGACGAAUCACGGGUAUCGCAGUACGACACCGGACAGAUGCGACGCUCGUGGGCUUGCGCCGCCAACAAAUGCGCCAGUUGCACCUUUCCACCUGCCACCUGUUGAGAGCCAUGACCAAAGUCGUGAUAGCGACAGCGCCAAGGGGUCGAGCGCUGCAUCAGGCAAUAUGGGAGACAUACACAAGUACCCUAAAAUGUACCAAAGUGCUGAGAGUGGAAGCAGUACUUGGCGUACUGGUUCCACCUCCACAGUCAAGGUUUCUCAUCGACCGGCUCUUCCAUUGAAAGAGUCCCUGGGCGUUGUAGGAUUAUUGAGCAUCUUUGGUGGAUCCCUAGGGGCCUUAGGUGUCCUUGGUUUCCUGAUCUUUCUGUGGUUCGGAUACGGUACCGAGCCUGAAGGAAAGACGGCAACCGACUUGUGGCGUAUCCUGGCUUUGCACAAUUGGAUGACCCAAACCAUUACCUUGUGCUCUCUCGCACUGCGCGUUCUGGUCUCGACUCAGUCAAUCGUGUGCACGUCGUUGGUGGCGGCUCUGAUUCUAGAGAAGCGCUCUGUGCGCAAGCCCGACGCAGCGUUUUUCUCAGUCUUUAGAGGCGUCAAUGAUGGACCGAGAAAGCUGGUACAGCUCAUGCUUUCGCACAGGCCAACAGCUGUGCUCCUGUACCCAGAGUUCUGGCUUUUAUCCCUCCUUUCACUUAUCGCACUCAGUCUUCAGUUCUCAUCGACAAUUCUCCUGUCCGAUUUGCACGAUUUCACAAUUGUAGGAGGUAUCAACUCGACAAAUGUUCAGAGCCUGUUCUAUGUUCCAGAGGGCCACGGGCCUCAAUGGGCCAUGAACUUUGUCGACCUUUUGGAAUCGACGCCAGUUCUUUCUUUAUUCGGUGAAAGGCGCAUUAAUAGCAGCGUCCCGCCAGAUAAUAAUGGUUUCAGCGACACUGGUCUUGUCCAGCAAGGUCUUCUCCCCUUCGCGGACAGUAAUACGAGGACCUCAGUAAGAGACUAUCGCGGUACAGGAAUGGUGUUGAAUUCCAGAGUCUCUUGCAUGCCACCUGUCAUGGAGGUCAAGUAUUUGUUGGACGAGCAAUUGGAUAACCCUGUCGCGCCAGCGCUCGCAUGGUUAACCGGGACGCUAGACGCAGCGGCCAGUUUGCGAAACAGCGGACAAGACAUAUCAAAUUGUAGCGCGGGGACAUGCGAAACGAUUGGCUUUCGGUGCAAUGUACCAAUUGUUCGCCCGGACUUUCCAAUUGCCAACUACCCUCAAUCGUCAAUAUGUAUCGUCUCAUCUGGGAACAGUGCACCCAAUCUUGAUUCCUCUAUGAGGUGGGACUCUUCGAGUAUGCCUUGGUCAUGGGGUGUUCCUCUAUACAUGGCCAUUGUAUCGAAUGCAAACGUUGAGGACUGGCCUGCGGAUAAUGAAAGCCACCCCAUCACAGACGGACAUCGCGACGGAGAAUGGCUGAGCUUCACCAUUGCUCCUGAUCGCUACGUUAAUGCUACGUUGUGUUUUCCUGCUCUCAGCACCGAGCGUUAUGUGGUGCACCUGGAAGCAGAAACCGCCCUCAAGGAGCCGGUGAUCCCGUGGAAUUUGACGACAUUACAGUCCGAUACAAGCGAAGUUGAAAACUUCCUUGAUGUCAAGUCAGGCAACCUGAGUCACAUGAAAAGAGGUAUAUUCGACAUGGAUCUGCACCAAGAACCAGACAGCGGGCCUGCUCUUGAUGUAUUUCCGCCUGCAGAUCCCAACAGCACCAUGACUAUUGGUAUGCUCGCAUCUCGGAUCCCAGAGACGCUCGUCUACUGGAACAUGGGCUAUGCUAUCGGAUCAAACCAGACCAUCCCCCUUUGUCUGGGCUGUUAUUUGGCGCCAGUGCCUAUACACUAUGAAUUUGUCGCAUUGAUGGGGAACAUCAUCACCAGUUCUGGCCGUGCAGCCUAUGCUGUGCAGUCCCUCAUCUACAUGUUGACAACUGGUGCUUAUAUCGAGUCGCUCAAGCUCAACUACCCCGCAGAGCCAGUCCAGCUUGCAACGACCACUGUUGUCAGGACCCCAGGCCCUUGUUCCCAGUAUACGUGCGGUGGUUUCAUAUCCGUCGCUACACUCAUAGUUGUUUACUUGAUAUGCGUUGCCGCAAUAACAACACUUUACGUGGGGCAGGUGAGGUAUUCGAGAUGCGGAAACAUUUGGCAUACGAUCUCUCAACUCUUAUCGGAUGAUUUAUAUACAUUGAUCGCAAACGGUAAUAACGCGAUGGAUCGGGCAAUUGCCAAGGAUAAUUGCUACAAGAUGAAAGAAAACCUUGUGGGGGUCGAAGCAAGUGAAAUGGAUGGCGGCAGGGUAAAAUUCGUGAACCGAAAUUCUUAA